AUGGUUCGAAUCGAGCAACCCGUUCUCGAGGCGGAACCCAACGUGAUAAAUGAAAAACUGAUAAGGUCGUGCACUCAGAUCGCUGGAAGGGAUCCUGAAUCCGUGGAAGAAAAGAAAAGGACGAUACCAUUCGCAGAGGUCGAGGACGUGUCGUUUAGCUUUAGAAGCUUAGCCGUCAUCUCAAAUCUCCAAGGGUUGGUGAAUCUUGUGAAGCUUCAGCUGGACAACAACAUGCUCGAAAAGAUAGAAAAUUUGGGCCAUUUGACACGCCUCACGUGGCUGGAUUUGUCCUUCAACAACAUAUCCAAGAUCGAAGGUCUGGAGACUCUCACGAACUUAACUGAUCUUUCUCUUUUCAACAAUCAAGUUGAAGUUAUAGAGAACUUGGACACGCUUCAAUGCCUCCAAGUUCUGUCAAUGGGAAACAACGCUUUGAAGAAGCUCAACAAUGUUAUGUACUUGAGGCAGUUCAAGAGUCUCAGAAUCGUGAAGUUGGAAGGCAACCCCAUUUGCAAAGACCCUGAAUACCGCUCCUACAUUCUGUCCCACAUCAGCCAGCUGACGUACUUCGACUACCGAAGAGUAAGCCAACCUGACGUGACAGCGGCCUUGGAGCAGCACCAGGAUGAAAUGAUAGAAAUUCAAGAGAAGGAGGAAAACCAGGCGCUUGAAGAGGAGGCGGCGGCAGAGAAGGCAGCACACGAGGAGAAAAUGAGGGAGACGAAUCUGGAGGGAGUGGAAACGCUCAUGGACACCAUGGUCAAGGAAGACGCCGAAUGGCAAAAGCUUAGCAGAGUUCCUGGGCUCCUGGAUGGAUGGAACGACAUCAGGGACAAGUUCAAUGUGGCGACUGAAGAAUUCAAGAACACUAUUCUCGAGCAGUACAGGAAGAAAAAGAGCGAGCACGAAGAGUUCGAGACGUCCCUGCGAGAUUUCCUGCACGAAAAGGAUACCAAGGCCAGGCAGUACAUCACGGAGUACGAGAAAAUGAAAAAGGAGGCCAUGGGGAAAGUUCGCCAAGGGGAGCCCGGAGAGGCUGAGUACCUCCUGCUGGCGCCGAAGGCGAAGCUUGUCAUGCUCAAGCAGCAGCUCAUGGACCUCGAGCAAGAGGUCGGAGAAGCCCUGACGGAGCUGUGCCAUGAAUUUGAAGGAAACUACAUGGAAAUCACGGAGGCGAACAAGGGUCACUACAACACCUACUUUGCGCAGGUCCGCGACCUGGAGAACACCUUCGCCAGCCAGGUCACAUCCGUGGCGCUGCAGCUCAUUGACAAGUUUGCCAACGACAGCAACGAGGUGGACAAGCUGGAGGACGACGUGCGCACCCUGCUGGGCGACAAGGACUUGCUCAUCAACGCGCUCCAGGCCUCCCACGACGGGCACACGUCCAAGAUUGACACCGUGGAAGACAAGCUGGUGAAUCAGGAGGUGUCCAACGCGAACGACCUGAUCAACAGCACGGUGGUGUGGGAGGCGCGCAGGAGCCGCGAGCGGGUGUCUGAAAUCGUCAACUACGUGGAGAGGAACAUGAUGGACUUGGAGGAAGCGCAGAGGGAGGACGAGGCAGGCUACGACGUUUGA